GCAUAUACUGUUUCUGAUGUGUUCUGGAAAUCCCCAGUUAUUGUUUAAACUGAAUAAUUUUCUUUCCUUUUGUGUUGCUGAUUUAAUGAAUUUUCCAUAAAGAUUACCUCAUACAGUAUAUACAGAGUUUUUACUUUCACUCGUGUCCACUUAUUUUGAGAAAUUUGGUGUGUAAACAUGGAUAAUCGUGAAUUGGAAACGGACGACAUAGAAACUGACUGCGAGCCAAUGUCAGAACCAGAACACAUAACAGCGCUAAAAGGAAAGGAUGGAGUCGCGCACAGAUUUGCAAAAGAUGCAAUGGAGGACUGUGAAGCGAGGUUUGAUUCUAGGUUUAGUUCUGGAUAUAAGAGUUUCGAUUCCAUUCCGAGUGGAGAUUUACCAAGUGUGAUAAACGAGGGGCGUUCAUGCGAUGACGAGGGCAUGAUUCCAGUUUCUACUCUUAAAUCCCUUGAAGACCUUAAAAUAACAGCAGAUGCUUCAAAGACAUUUAACAAUGCGUCGAAUUUACCUUCCAAUGAUGAAGGAUUUGUUUCGCAGGAACUCAAAUCGGGGGACAUACUUAUGUGUACUGGUGACAAUGAAACAUCUGUUUGUAAAAGUGAAAAUGAUGAUAAAGAACGAAUUGAACUGUAUUUUCGGUUUGUGGAUGAAAACUUUGAACAAGAUGAUGACGGAGAUACGCGACUUCAUACAGCCAUCAUCCAGUUACUGGAGGGUUAUGCUCUGAACAUCCUUCGAUGGACGCCAUGCCACUCUUUUCUGAACAUCCGUAACAACUUUCUGCAGACUCCCCUCCACCUCACCGCCAUCACCCGCCAACCGAACCUUGCCCGAAAACUCGUUACUUCCGGUGCACAGAUUGAGCGCCGCGACCAUCGAGGGAACACAGCCUUGCACGUGGCAAGCAAAGAGGGCUACACGGAUGUGGCGGCCGUGCUGCUAGAACCCGUCACCUACGAGGAGACGCGGGAGAACAUGGCCGGCAUUCCCUUCCAGCAGAUACCACAGAACCUUGAGGCCAGAAACUAUGACGGUCAGGUGUGUGUUCACCUUGCGGCGGAGGGAGGCCAUAUUGACACAUUGAACCUACUGCUGGUUAAAGGUGCCGAUGUUAACUGCAGGGACGGAAAGAGCGGACGGACGGUACUUCACUACGCGGCGGAGUCUGGGCACGAGCCACUGUUCCAGUACCUGUUGAGCGUAACCAGCGUGGACAUCAACUGCCGGACGUACGGGCGCCUCACCCCAAUCAUGUUAGCCCGGGGGCGAGGACACACGGCCUUAGUACGCCUGCUCAAGGAGAGGGGAGCUACGGAUGACAGUGUCGAGUCGGAGGAGGAGGAAAUGUAUUUUCAGAAAGAGGAACCCGAUGACUAUAAGAUUGCGGGAAACCCCGUAAACUGACAGAAUUGACGUCAUGAAGAUUAUGAAACAACUGGUUACGUCGUCGGAACGUCCGCGGGCCAAGUUUGUAGUGGAAUUCCCUGACAAAAUAUUCGUCAUUUGGAGAGAAGAGCGUAUGGAAAAACUUUCCGUAAACAUACACCAUUAUCUAUAUAGAUGUAUAUAUAGCUAGAGGCACCGAAAAUGACAGAACAUUUCCACAAAUCAUUUCUGUUUUUUAUACUACAACACAACAGUUACUUCACAUUUUAAAUUGUUGGUACUUUUUCAUUUUAUCUAAAUUGCUACUUUCUAGAUGAAUAUUGCUUCUAAAAGUCCUAUGGGACACGGGCAGUCAUAGACAGUGGAUACUAUUUUCUAUUGCGCAUAUAUUCACGACUGAUUAAAACUUAACCUGUGUCUUGAAUACAUAUUUUGUCACGUGUAUCGCCCAAAUACGAUCUACUCAUUAAGAGCUCUAUGCCAGGAUGGAUUUUUGCAUACAUUAGUUUAACAUUCACUUUGUACAUUAUUGUAUGCUUGAAUUUUGUAAUAUGUAAUACUAAUAGUUUACUACUAGCAGUAGAACAGUGAUACAGUAAGAGUUGAAUUUGCAGUGUUGUUUAUUUGUAUAAACAGUUUAUGAACCAUGUCUAUACCAAUAACUGUUUUAACUUAAUUACAACUGGUCACAUUAUGACAUUAUCUGCGAUCUGUGCGACAGGCAUAGUUUCCUUGUUCGUGCGGUGUAAUUAGUAUUUUUAACGCUUUGUUUCUUUAUUUCAUUGCUGGUUACAAGGAAAAGCAUGAUGUUUGAUGUGAAUUUUAAUGAUAAAUUGGUCACUCUCAUUACUCGACGUGUACAGAAUUUUUAUGUGUAUCAUUUAACGUUCAUUAAUAAUUAUUUAUGUCAAUUUAUGAUAUAAUCUUAAAAACAAGUAUUUAAUUUAACGUUAUCGGAUCUUAUUUUCUGUUCUGUUCAUUUUAUUUAAUAAAUGUCAAUAAAAAAUUCUUGUCUUA